GCGCUGGUGUCGCUCCAUUCGCAUCCAAGCGCCCGUGAGAUGUGUGGCCGCAGCCGAGAGGACGCACGGCGCGCGGCCAGAUAGCGCCUCCCUUCCCUCACCGCGCCGUCCGCAUGGAGCCGCUCGGUUGGCUCUGGCCGCUGCUCUUCUGGCAGGCAGCGACGUGGCCCGCGACGGUGCACUCUCACGCCGAGGACGAGCUCUUCAAGAAGCUGUUCGCCGGCUACAACAAGUGGUCCAGACCCGUGGCCAACAUCUCCGACGUGGUCAUCGUCAAGUUCGGACUGGCCAUGGCGCAGCUCAUCGACGUGGACGAGAAGAACCAAAUGAUGACGACCAACGUGUGGCUCAAACAGGAGUGGAACGACUACAAACUCGGCUGGCGGCCGUCGGAUUAUGACAACGUGACGUCCAUCCGAGUUCCGUCGGAGCUCAUUUGGGUGCCGGACAUUGUCCUCUACAAUAACGCCGACGGCGAGUUCGCGGUGAGCCACAUGACCAAGGCGCAGCUGUUCCACACGGGCGCGGUGCGCUGGGUGCCGCCGGCCAUCUACAAGAGCUCGUGCAGCAUCGACGUGACCUUCUUCCCGUUCGACCAGCAGAACUGCAAGAUGAAGUUCGGCUCGUGGACCUACGACAAGGCCAAGAUCGACCUGGAGCGGCCGGAGGCCUCGGUGGACCUGGCCGACUACUGGGAGAGCGGCGAGUGGGCCGUGGUGGAGGCGGUGGGCACCUACAACACCAAGAAGUACGACUGCUGCCGCGAGAUCUACCCGGACAUCACCUACCUGUUCACCAUCCGCCGCCUGCCGCUCUUCUACACCAUCAACCUGAUCGUGCCCUGCCUGCUCAUCUCCUGCCUGACCGUGCUGGUCUUCUACCUGCCGUCCGACUGCGGCGAGAAGAUCACCCUCUGCAUCUCCGUGCUGCUCUCGCUCACCGUCUUCCUGCUGCUCAUCACCGAGAUCAUCCCGUCCACGUCGCUGGUCAUCCCGCUCAUCGGCGAGUACCUGCUCUUCACCAUGAUCUUCGUCACGCUCUCCAUCGUGGUCACCGUCUUUGUGCUCAACGUGCACCACCGCUCGCCCGGCACGCACCGGAUGCCGCGCUGGGCGCGCGCCGCUUUCCUGGACCUGCUGCCGCGCUGGCUCUUCAUGAGGAGGCCGCCGCUUCUGGCGCAAAGGCGACGCCGCCGGACGACGGCCGUCGGCACCUGGCGCGCCCCCCGCUGCUCCCCGGGGGACCUGGAGCUGGCGACCCUCGCCUCCUAUUUCUCCUUCCGCCCGCGGAAGGCGGCGGAAGGAGAAAUAGGAGAGCGAGCCCGCCUCCCGCUCCCGCCCCCACCCGGCGGAGAGCAAGCCCGCCUCCCGCUCUCGCCCGCCGUCGUCCGGGCCCUGGAGGGGGUGCGCUACAUCGCCGAUCACCUCAGGGCCGAGGACGCCGACUUCAGCGUGAAAGAAGACUGGAAGUACGUCGCCAUGGUGAUCGACCGCAUCUUCCUGUGGAUGUUCGUCCUGGUGUGCCUGCUGGGCACCGUCGGCCUCUUCCUGCCCCCUUGGCUGGCAGGCAUGAUCUAGAACAAAUGAAUGUUGGCGCGUCGGCUCUCGCCGACGCUUGGUUUACGUUCCCGUUUGGGGGGGGGGGGUAAAAUGGGCUCGUUUAGUCGCUUUCCGUUUGCACCAAUCCAUUUAUUGGGGUCACGCGCAGCAACAACAGACAUUUUUUUUGUUUUGUUUUGUUUUCCCCAUUGGCUACACCACUCACGGCGAACGUGGGGCAGCUACGAUUGCAAAU